CGCGGCGACGAACACCGCGGCGCUGACGCUGCCGAGGAUCGUGGUCCCGAGCGCGCCGCCGAGCUCGUAGCCGGUCUCGGAGAUCGCCGACGCCGCGCCCGCGCGCUCCGGCGGGGCCGCGGCCACGACGACGUCGUUGGUCAGCGCCUCGGCGAGCGCGAUCCCGCCGCCGGCGAGGGCGAACCCGGCCACGAUCGCGGCCAGGGCCGCCGGUGCGGCGGCGAGCACCACGAGGCCGGUGGCGCCGAGGACGAGGCCCCCGGUGACGACCGCCCGCAGCGCCAGGCGCCGGGCGAUCCGCGCCGCGAGCAGGGAGCCCGCCACGCCCGCGAGCAUGCCGGGCACCAUCCACAGCGCCGCCUCGAGCGGCCGGUACCCGAGGACCAGCUGCAGGUGCUGGGGGAGCAGCAGCAGCAGGCCGACCAGUGCGACGACGCUGAGCAGGUUGGUCACCACGGCCGCGGAGAACGGGCGGUGGGCCAGCAGCGACAGGUCGAGCAGGGGGUGGCGCAGCGUCCGCUGACGGGCGACGAAGGCGACCCCGGCGCCGACGCCGACCGCCGCCGUGAGGCCGGCGACCAGCGUCGGGCCCUCGGUGGCGACCGACUUCAGCGCGUAGACCACGGGGAGCACGGCGACCAGGGCCAGGCCCGCCGAGAGCAGGUCGAACGGGCCCGGGUGCGGGUCACGGCUCUCGGGCAGCACGAACGGGCCGACCGCGAGCAGGGCGACCGUGACGGGCACCGCGAUGAGGAAGACCGCGUGCCACGUGAAGUGCUCGAGCAGCCACCCGCCGAUCACCGGCCCGGCGGCCGCGCCCCCGGCGAACGCCGCCGACCACACCGCGACGGCGCCGCGACGGGCCCGCGGCUCGGGGAACACGGUCUUGAUCAGCGACAGCGUCGAGGGCAUCAGCGUCGCCCCGCCGAUCCCGAGCAGCGCGCGGGCGGCGAUGAGCGCCUCGGCGCUGGGGGCGAGCGCGGCCGCGACCGAGGCCAGACCGAAGGCCGCGGCCCCGACGAGCAGCAGCUUCCGGCGCCCGAUGCGGUCGCCCAGCCCGCCCAUGACGAUGAGCAGCCCCGCGAGGACGAACGAGUAGAUGUCGACCAUCCAGAGCUGCUGCGCCCCGCUCGGCGCGAGGUCCGCGUCGAUGGCGGGCAGCGCCGCACCCAGGACCGUCAUGUCGACGCUGAUGAGCAGGACGGGCAGCGUCAGCACCGCGAGCGCGACCCGCGACCGCAUGGCCAUGAUCUCCUCCGUAUUCGUACCGUCCGGACGGUGCAGUUACGAAAGUACACCGUCUGGACGGUAAGGUCGAGGGGUGCCUCGGCCGUCCCAGCGCGACCGCGUCCUCGACGCGUACACCGACAUCGUCGUGACCACCGGGCCCGAGACGGUGACCCUCGAGGGCGUCGCCGCCGCCGCCGGGGUGUCGAAGGGCGGCCUGCUCUACCACUUCGGCAGCAAGGACGCCCUGCUCGGGGGCCUGCUGGCGCGCGCGGAGGAGCUCAACGAGGUCGACAUCGCGGCGGGCCACGCCGACCCGACGGGCCUCGCCGCCUACUACCUGCGGACGUCGUUCGUCGGCGCCGACGACCCGAACUACCGGGCCACGAUCGCGCUCUACAAGCUCGCCUCCACCGAGCCGCGCGCCGCCGACCUCGCCCGCACCAUGCUCGACCGCUGGCGCGCCGAGCUCGCCGGCGUGCUCGGCGACCCGCUGACCGCAGACCUCGUCGCGACCCUGGGCGACGGCAUCUACCUGCGCGCCAUCGUCGGCGACCCGAGCGCCGAGCUCGACCGCCGCGCCGAGGAGGUCCUCGCGCGCCUCCUGGGGCCGGCGUGAGCGUCCUGCGCCGCGCGGGCCCCGACGACGCGGUCCCGCUCACCGACCUCCGCGCGAUCAUGCUCGACCGCAUGGCCGAGGGGCCGCGGGCGGCGGGCGAUCGCGG